CCGCCGCACGCCGCUUCCACUCCUGGACCGGCUGGCCGCGCUGCUCCCGGGUUCCCCGCGCCGCUGAAGGGGCCCCAGCCGCCCCAGCCCACAGUUAGUCCCAGGAAGCGGGAGGAGACGGGGUCUGCAGGGGAGAGCUGCAGAGAGUGGCGGAACCUGCCCCGAACGCCCCGGGAGAGAAGGGGAAGGAGGCAGAGUGAGGGGAGGGAGCGCGGAGGAAGUGAGCUGGGGUCCGGUCGCGGACUGGGCGGCCAGGCCCCCGAGCCGGCGUGACUCCCGACCUAGAGAGGACCGAGCGGACACAUGGCCUCUUCAUUCCUGUCCGCGGGGACCACCACGGGCGAUAGCGGUGGAGAGCUGAGCUCGGGGGACGACUCCGGUGACGUGGAGUCCCUCCCGAGCCCCGAGAGCGGGGCGUCGCGGAGCCUGGCCGAGCUGUUUGAGAAGGCGGCCGCGCACCUGCAGAGCUUGGUUCACGUGGCCAGCCGGGAGCAGCUCCUGUACCUGUACGCCAGGUACAAGCAGGCCAAAGUUGGAAAUUGCAAUACUCCGAAACCAGGUUUCUUUGAUUUUGAAGGAAAGCAAAAAUGGGAAGCAUGGAAAGCACUUGGUGAUUCCAGCCCGAGUCAAGCAAUGCAGGAGUAUAUUGCAGCAGUUAAAAAAUUAGAUCCAGGUUGGAAUACUCAGUCACCAGAGAAGAAAGGAAAAGAAGCAAAUACUGGUUUUGGUGGACCAGUUGUUAGUUCUCUGUAUCAUGAAGAAAUCAUCAGGGAAGAAGACAAAAACAUAUUUGAUUACUGCAGAGAAAACAACAUUGAUCAUAUAUCCAAAGUCAUCAAAUCAAAAAAUGUGGAUGUGAAUAUGAAAGAUGAAGAGGGCAGAGCUCUACUCCAUUGGGCAUGUGAUCGAGGACAUAAGGAACUAGUCACAGUCUUGCUACAAUAUAGAGCUGAUAUUAACUCUCAGGACAAUGAAGGUCAAACAGCUCUACAUUAUGCUGCUGCCUGUGAGUUUCUGGACAUCGUGGAGCUGCUGCUCCAGUCUGGUGCGGACCCCACUCUGCGAGACCAGGAUGGCUGCCUGCCGGAAGAGGUGACAGGUUGCAAAGCUGUGUCUCUGGUGUUACAGCAGCACACGGCUGGCAAGGCUUAAGCAAAGACUGGAAAGCUACAGUCUUAACAGCAUAGGGCUUCACUGAUGCGAAAAAACCAUACUUCUUUUACCACCCAUCUUUGGUGUACAUUGGCUAAUAAAAUCAGUUCUGAGGAACGGG